AUAUAUCAAUACAUCAAUAUAUAUAUAUCAAUAUAUAUAUGAAUGUAUACACCACUUAUAUAGACUAAGAUCCGAUUAUAAAAGCAUAGAGACGAGCGAAGAUGAGGGCUUUCAGGAGUUCGUUAAGCGCUAGAGUGUUGUUUGUUUAUGUUGAUGUUUAUAUACGAGAGCCAAGAGUUAUAGCCAGUUAGUUAUGUUGACGAUAAUGUGUUUUUUUGAUAUAUAUUGACCUGUAUGAAUAUGUAAACAUGCAGGCGCAGGCACAGGCACCCCACCCAUGCACACCGAUGUUUUGCCGGUGACAGUGAUGUUGAGGCACAAGUGCAUUGCAUUGCAUGGUGGUUAACUUUAAGUACGACAAUGUUUAGUAGCUGACUACGAAUAAUGACGACGAUGACGGGACGCAGAUGCAGAUGCGGAUGUGAAUGCGAAUGCGAACGGUUGCGGAUCUAGCGGAAAGUCAGACAAUGACGAUAACGAUUUACGAUUACGAUCUAAUGAUAAUGAUAAAUAUAUAUAUUGAUGAAUAUUGACGCUAAUAACGAUGGAGAUGAUGAAAAACGUUGGUGCAUUUGUUGUUAGAUGUAUGUAAUUUUUCCCACUCGCCUUUGCCUAAAAGCAACACAAAAUUGAAACAAACAAGAACGAUAUAUAAAACGGAUAAAAAUUAAAUCAAUAAACAUGCGUAUGAUAAACACUAGUAACUAGCGGAAAAGUUGCAUAUAGAACCACGGACAUUCAUUCACACAUCCACUUACUAUACUAUAUCUGUACCAUUUAGCCCAUAGUCCGCAGAAGAUCGUCGAAACAAAGUCAUUUUACCAUAUAAAAACAAAACAUCCGCAUAAUAAUGUAAACUACGACAGCAAUCGAUUGGAAAAGGAGAAAUUGAAUUUGUUGUCGCGUUGAUUUAAACCUAUAUAAUGAGUAAAAUAUUGUAUAUUUAACAAUCUAUAAAACAAAUAUAGUAUGUAGAUAAUACACACAUACACAAACACACAAACCCAUAAAUAACAUACACACACACAAAUGGACUACCGCUGCGGUCUAAUUAUAUACACACCAGACAAAUCGAAUUGCAAAAGCAAAUAAAUAAAUAAUUAAGGAAGUGACGAUGGAGAAGCAGAGCUGGAGAUGAGAUCAACUCAAACUAGAUAACUAUACAUAUAUUUGCUGAUUAAUUUAUGUAAACCAAUAUACGAUUUAUAGCCAACGCACAGAAAAUGUAAAACAAAAAAACCAACACAUACGAAAUUUGUUCGAAAAAAAUUUAGCUAAAUUCAAGUUGAGUGUUAACAUUAUAAUUCAUACGAAUAUGCAUAUAUUUUAUUUUUUUUAACUCUCCAUCUCUAUUGCUCGCUAUCUUACGAACUACUUAAAACAUUUUUUUUUAAUUAAAUUUUUUUGUAUAUUGCAAAAACGUCGACGACGCCACAGCAGCAGCAGCUAUGGAUAUUAUUUCAAAAAUAUAUACAUAUAACUAUUAUACGAAUAAAGAGAAAACAAAUUCAUUAUAAUUUUCACAAUGUAUGCGCCGAGAGCAUUGUUAUAUUUAAUAAACAACCUAAAACAAAAAGGACAAACAAUGGAAAACAAAAUAAAAACUAUGCGAAUAAUUUCCACUCUAAACAAAGCAAAAGAAAACAAAACAAGCAAAAAAAAAGAAGAAGCUGAGGAACUCUAAGUGUAAUAAACUAAUUAAAAAUCGAACUUCUUAAUCAAUUUGAUACAUCCAACUAGCAUACGGAAAGCAUUGCAUUAACUAACAUUAAACGAUGUGCAGAGGAGUUAACUAUAGAUAAUCGCUUAAACAGGGUGACUAUUCGUAGCAAGUGAUUUUUUUUCGCUCAAACAAAAAUAUUUAAAUCACUGGUUAAGGCCCAUUUUCCAUGCGGUUCUUCCGAAAGCGAGGCCCCCAGUAAACGAAAAACCUAUACCAAAUUCAAAUCACUUUUCCAACUAGCCUUAGAUUUUACUAACAAACAUGAAACCCUCGAGAACUAACUAUCAAGCAAUUAUCAACUAGAUAAAGAAAAUAUAUAUUUAAAUUAGAGGCCCCAAGAGCGGCUGAGAAGGGCGACUUUCUUUUCUCAAAAAAAAAAAGAAAAAGAAAAACCCAAAAAUAAGUAUGAUACAAAAUGUAUAACCCUUUCGUCCCAGAUGAUAUAUAUAUAUGUAUGUAUAUCCUAUCCACCACACACACGCGCGCGCAUACAAAGCAUGGGAAAGCGUUUCAUCAAAAUUGUGCCUUUUCUUUUUGUUGUUGUUGUUGUCGAAUCGAAUCGAAUUUCGAUGAAAAUAUACACACACAUAGACACAUGUACGGGCAGCUUUCGUAUGGUUUCCGCUCACACUUAUGUACAUCCCGUUUACAUCACAUUUACAUCCUGACCCACUGCCACCCCCCAUGGAAACAAAAAACAAGGAAAUCGUUUUUUGCUAGUCAUACCAACCAUGAAAAACUAGGAAAAAGGAGAAAAAGAAGAAGGAAUCUUUAGCCUUAGCGAUCAGUAAGGAAAGUAAAUCAAAUUCAAUUUCGUUGAAGUUCGCGAACAGAUCGGCAGUAGAGCUAUAUAUGCUAUACAUAUAUAUAUACGAUAGUGCUAAAACCAAAACGGAAAUCGAUGGAUAGUAAUGAGUUUAAGAAUUGGGUUGAUACAAAAGAAUAUAUGGGCUAAAACACACAAGUACACCCAACAUAUGUACAAUACUCUCAUGUUCAUGUGCGAGAUACAAAAUAAGAGACCCCAUUCGGCCUCAAAUGCGUUUUCAUUAUGUGUUAUGUCAAAUGUAAUUUGUUCAUCAGCGGAUGAAACACUCGCCCACACCCCAAAAACACACUCGAAAUAAACCGUAAUAAAAAUACGUAAUCAUAUGCCUGGCAUUUUCAUUAUUCAGUUUUCAUGAACUUGAUUUUAGAUUUUAGCAAAUUGACGAGGAGUGUAUUCACUUUUUGUAGCAUACUUUUCAGGUUGCAGCUGAAUCUCAUUGUGUGGCUAUUAUUUUCAUUGUAUUAUGAAAGUAUAUAAUAAAAUCGAACAAGAAAUAUUUAACAUUUGUUUACAGUUUAUCUGGGCAGGCGUCAUAUCUAAUGUCGUUUUCUUUGGGCUUGCCUUCCAAAUUAUAUAAUGGACUCGACUCGAAAGCCAUCGUGAAAUUCGGUCUCAAAAUUCGCCUUCUGUUCUCCUUUUUAACCCUUUUGCAUUUCAGUUACAGUUGGCAAUGGCCUAUACCAUCAAGUUGGACUGGAUAAGGUUGAUCUUGAAGAUUUGUGGCUCCCGACAAUGUCGUCUUAUGCAUGAUGAUGCCAAGCCGCGGAUCUGCGCGCAGAGUCCCUGGAGACGCCUGAUGCAAUUGACCAGGAAUAACUCGAGCAGUACUUCCGGUGGCAAUGAACCCCGCAGACAGGACCCAAAUAAGCCGAAGCCCAAUAGCAAGCAAAUCUCAUACACCGAAGGACAAACACCUUUUAGGAUCAACACACAUCCAAAUGCUAACCUAGUAAGAUUGCAUCCUUUGGUGAGAGACCAGGACAAAAAGACGAAGAGGCAUAAGCGACGCCUUCCGUUUGAAAAAUCAGCAACAUUGAGGUUAUACAAUGCGCAGCGAAGAGAGGAGCAGCUGGCCAGGACCAUGUUAUCCCAGGAUUGCAGUGACUCUCACUCAUCUAGCUCCACCAUACCGCUUAAGAUUCUUCAAAUGACGCAAAGGGAUCGUAUGAUGUCCUCGCAGCUGGUAAUUGAUGCGAUGAGGACCAGGAAUAUGGAGAGAAUGGUGCGAAAAUCGGAGGCCAGGAUGUUGAACGAGCGGGUCAAGAAGCUACUGGAGAAACAGAAAGAAGCUAAAGUGGAAGUGAAGAGGCAGCAAUCGGACGAUGACUUCACUGUUCCCAAUCCAAAGAUCAUGGUGCCGGAACAGCGGCCACUGGAGGUCCAAGCGGUGGUGCAAUUGCUAAAGAAGGCCAUUUCCCUGGUCCAUUUCGGUUACGAGGAGCCCUCCAAGGUGAAGGAUGUAAGGAUCUCCAGGAUGCAGACCAAGCUGGACAUAGAUGGCCUGCAUCCUUGCGGCAGCUCCAUUGAUUCCUUCGCCAGCACUGACAACCCGCCGUCCUCCAAAGCCUACCACAUGCGCAUUCGCUGCACCAAGAAAUCGGAAAUCCAAAUCAAAUCCAACUCUCAGCAAAUAGCCGCCAGUCUGAUGAAGGAGGAGCAGAGGCGCCUGGAUCGAUUGAGGGCGGAAAAGGUGGAGUUAAUCAGGUGUAAGGAUAACACAAGACUGGGUUUCAUAAACAGGAAUGAAGGUGAUGGCAGGCAGGCCAACUCCACAAAUCCUGCCACAUCCUCCAAGCCAACAGAUCUGAGCAUGAACUCCUUAAUUGUCGAUCCGAAAUCUUUUCUCACAAAAGUGCUCGAUAAGAAGGAGGUUCUGUCGGUUGAUCAGGUUAAUAAUUUCGUGGAAAAUCCGGAUGUCUUCUCAAAGGCACCGAAAAGAAAACCAGCGACCAAGUCCAAUGGAGGACCUGCUAAACAUUUGCCACAAUGAAAUCGCAUGCUUCAAACUAUUUUUUCUAUAUCAAAAAAAGAACCUGUUAAAAAUUCCAAAAAUUUAUAACGUUUGUUAUGCUUUAUGCCUAAAUUAAUUUGAAAACUCAACCCAUUGGUUUGCAAUAAAAUUAAAACAUAAAUCAUAGCAACGUUGGACUUUGUUCCACAAUUUAUAUUUAUUUCUUACGUUUAUGCUUAGCUUAAUUCCUCUAGGUUUCACGGUUUUUCGUUCAAUAAAUAUAUUGGCUCCGAGGUAUGUUUUCAUACCACCAGAGAUCCAAUCCUCCA